AAUUGUCAACUUGUCAGAAACAUAUGAUUUCAUACUGACAGCUGACCGUAAACACUUGAAAAACAUUUAAAAAUUGAAUAAAAGAAUAUCGUCUUUCCAAGGCAUUUCAUAAGGGGAGUAGCUAAAAAGAGACAUAGUGGUUGUGGUGGUAUAGUUGUUCUAGGGAGUUAAAUAUGGGAGAUAAAUAUAAAAGAAUGGUCGAGAAAAAACAUUAUUUACAUAGCAGCAUAUUCCAUCCAACUUUACGAGAUUGGCAAUCGUUGAAAAGUGAACUUACACCUAGCAAUUUCAUGUAUCCAGUUUUUAUUAUAGAAAAUGAUAAUGAAGUACAGGCCAUACCAAGCAUGCCCGGUAUAAGUCGUUAUGGUAUUAAUAAACUUAAGGAGCAUUUGCAAAAUGUUAUAUCAAAAGGCUUAACUUCAAUUCUGGUUUUUGGUGUUAUAGAUUCCUUAGCAAAGGAUGAACAGGCUACAAAUGCCGACAGUUCUCAAAAUCCCGUAAUAAAAGCAUUACCCAAACUGCGAGCGUGGUUCCCUAAUCUUGUUAUAGCUUGCGAUGUUUGUUUAUGUCCUUACAGCAGUCAUGGGCAUUGUGCGAUUUUAAGUGAAAAUGGCACUAUCGAUAAUCCAAAAAGUAUUAAAAGAAUUGCCGAUAUCGCCUUAUCAUAUGCCAAAGCAGGUGCUCAUAUUGUGGCACCAUCUGACAUGAUGGAUGGAAGAAUAGGGGCAAUUAAAACAUUAUUAAUAGAAAAUAAUCUUCAAAAUAACGUGGCGGUGCUCUCUUACACUUGCAAAUUCGCAUCGAAUUUUUAUGGACCUUUCAGAGAUGCUGCUAAAUCAAAACCAUCAUUUGGUGAUCGAAAAUGUUAUCAAUUACCUCCAGCAGGGGAGGGCGUUGCAAUUAGAGCUGCAGCCAGAGAUGUUGAAGAAGGAGCUGAUAUGCUAAUGAUAAAACCUAUAAUGGCUUAUAUGGAUGUCUUAAAACAAGUUAAUGAUAAGUAUCCAGAAUAUCCUAUGUUUGUUUAUCAAGUAUCUGGGGAAUACUCGAUGAUUUAUAAUGCUGCAGAAAAGGGUAUAUUUGAUCUUAAAGCAGCAUUGUUGGAGAUAUUACAGUCUUAUAGAAGAGCUGGUGCGGACAUAAUAAUAACAUAUUACACACCUCUUAUAUUGGAAUGGAUACAAUUGAAACACAAAUUGUAAUUGUUUGUCAAGGAAGAUUAGGGAAUAAGUAUUGGAAUUGGUGAAAUAUAGUUACUAGACGUUUUUAUAAAGAUGCAAACUUGUCAAUAAAUAUUUAUUAAAAAAUAUAUCCU